GGCUUGCUUUUUUUUUUCUCCUUCUCUUCUUCUCUUCUAUUUUCAAAUUGCGGUUUCAAUUUCCCACUCUUUCAUCUCCCUGUUGUUUUAUCCUUCUCCUCGACUCGUGGUCUACCGACUACAAAUUGCCCUCUGAGUCCCCUCCACUCUUUCGCGUCGUAUACGACAUUCUUUUUCCACCGAAUCUCCACCCCUUUUCACACCUUGAAUUACUCUUCACAAUGGCCCCUACCGCUUUGGAACAGGAAGACCACGCGCGUGAUGCGCAAUUCAACAAGGCUCUUCACGGCAAGUCCUCUCAGGCGCAGGGUGGUUUCGCCGCCAUGCGUGGAAAGGACGCUGCCGCGCAGAAGGCUGCUAUCGAUGAAUACUUCAAGCACUGGGAUAACCAGGAUGCCGCCGACGAGACCGAGGAAACUCGCGCUGCCCGUCGUGCCGAAUAUGCCACCUUGACCAGACACUACUACAACCUUGCCACUGACUUCUACGAAUACGGAUGGGGUACCUCUUUCCACUUCUGCCGAUUCGCCUACGGCGAGCCUUUCUACCAGGCCAUCGCCCGCCACGAACAUUACCUCGCUCACCAGAUGGGCAUCAAGUCCGGCAUGAAGGUGCUCGAUGUCGGCUGCGGUGUCGGCGGUCCUGCUCGUGAGAUUGUCAAAUUUUCUGACGCCAACGUCGUCGGUCUCAACAACAAUGACUACCAGAUCGAGCGUGCCACCCGCUACGCCGAGCGCGAGGGCCUCAGUGACAAGCUGAGCUUCGUCAAGGGUGACUUCAUGCAGAUGAGCUUCCCCGAUAACUCGUUCGAUGCCGUCUACGCCAUCGAGGCUACCGUCCACGCUCCCGAGCUCGUCGGUGUCUACAAGGAGAUCAUGCGUGUGCUGAAGCCCGGUGGUAUCUUCGGCGUGUACGAGUGGCUCAUGACCGACGAGUACAACAAUGACAACCCCGAGCACCGCAAGAUCCGUCUCGGCAUUGAGCAGGGUGAUGGUAUCUCCAACAUGGUUCGCGUGUCUGAGGGUCUGGACGCCAUUAAGAAUGCCGGCUUCGAGCUCCUGCACCACGAGGACCUGGCGGACCGCGACGACGCCAUCCCCUGGUACUUCCCUCUCGCCGGAUCCUUCAAGCACAUGUCCUCGCCCUGGGACUUCUUUACCAUCGCCCGCAUGACCUGGUGGGGUCGUGGUAUCGCUCAUCGCUUUGUCGGCGCCAUGGAGAAGGUCGGUCUUUUCCCCAAGGGCUCGCAGAAGACUGCCGACAGUCUGGCUCUGGCUGGUGACUGCCUUGUGGCCGGUGGUGAGAAGAAGCUUUUCACUCCCAUGUACCUCAUGGUGGGCCGCAAGCCCGAGUAAACAUUUCAUUCUUCGCAUCCUUCUCACCUUCUGAAAAAUACCUCAUGUGAAACGCCCUGUCCUGUACAAAAACCACUGUCUCCUCCGAUUUGUACCAGCAUUCUAUCCUCUUCAUCUUCCUUCUCAUAGACUUGGCGGUCUUUUAAAUCCUUUAAUCUCGUGCCUCUUGUUUCUUCUAUCUCUCUGUUUUUGUUAUCUCGCUUCUGGCGGUUUUCAAUUUUCUUCUCCUUUUCUCGAAUGAUUUUCCGAAUUGCAUGCCGCCAUCGGAUGCUAUGUUUGUUUGCAUCUUUUUUCCUUUUGUCACUGUCAAGGUCCUACGAAAUCACUGCUGUGUAUAUGUCCACGUGCCCACGGUGAUGAUCGACUUGCAUUAUCCUCUUUUCUCUACUGUGUGUUCCUUUAGGUAAAGAUAGGGUUUUUAAUGUAACCGACUCAUGAACGAAA